UCAAAAUGAAAUUAACUCGAAAACUUGUUCUAGCGAGAGCCAAAGCUUCGGACCUGGACAGCGUCAAAAAAUUAAAUUGCUGGGGCUGCAGUUUGACCGAUAUCUCCAUUUUCUCAGAGAUGCCAAGUAUUGAGGUCCUAACACUAAGUGCCAAUAACAUCUCCUCUCUGGAACACAUAUCUACUUGUCAGAAUCUCACUGAGUUAUAUUUGAGACGGAACAACAUCCAGGACCUCUCUGAACUGUGUCAUCUAAGGGGCCUCACCCACCUAAAAGUUCUGUGGCUGGCAGAGAACCCAUGCUGUCAGGCUGAUCCAGCUAAGUACCGUUUAACAGUUCUCCGUACCCUGCCAGGCCUGCAUAAAUUGGACAACCAAGUGGUUACAGAGGAGGAACUUGCUCUUGCUCUGGCAGAAGGGGAGGAGAUCAGCACCCCUCCAGGCACUGCUUCUACCAGCUCCACCAAUGGCCUCACAGAGGCAGACUCUGAGAACGACCCCCUCAAUUACAGUAUGGAGGAGACCAACAAAAUACGUGCCCAGUUAGGGAUGAAGCCAUUACCCAGAGAUAAGUUCCCAUCUUUUUCCUCUCCACGGGAGUCUGGGGGAGCCAGACGAAGAAAGAGCCAUACACUGGAGGCUGUACUACUGCUACUGAAGGACUUGGAUGAGGAGGAGCUGAAACUGGUUCAAACAGCAACAGAGACCAAGCUGAGAGCACGACAUCGACAGAAAGAGAAAGCUGCCAUCACACAGCAGUGA